CGCUGAGUGCUUUUCCGUGCAAAGCUUAGAUCUUGUAUACGCUAUCCACAAAGGCCGGAGCAAAGCAAUUUCAUUCAUCCAGCCUCCAGAAAGCUGACCAGGGAUUUAAAUAGUUCUGUCAAGCGGUCCGAUCCUUUCAUUAGCAAUUUCAAUGUCGAGGGUAAUCUGAGUUGCUCUCAAACAGUUUUGAUGGAUCAUUAGUAAAGGAUUGCAGCAGCAGGAAACAUGAAAUUUGUAAUCACAAGAUGGUCUUUUGUACUUUCCUUUUCUGCUCCAUUUGUCAUGAUCAUAUAUGAGUUAAAUGCUGAAAACUUAUCAAAUAAAACAGGACAGAGAACGACAUUAUAUGUUGGUUCAAUGGCGCCUAUGACUGGCAAGAGAGCAUGGUGGGGAGCUGGAAUACCGCUGGCCAUCGAGAUGGCUUUUGAAGAUAUCAACAAAAGAGAUGAUAUUCUAAGAGACUAUGAGUUAAAAUUGAUCUCUCGAGACACGCAGGGAGACACUGGUCGCGGGAACAAAGUUUUCUACAAUUUCUUAAACGAAGGAAAAGUCCGUCUCAUACUUGGUCCUUCGCGGUCAAAUGUUGCUGAGUCGGCUGGUGCGACAGCCAAGUACUACAACAUGAUUCAGGUGUCUCCUUCUGCAGCUUCAGGCGAACUAUCCAAGAAAGACGUAUUCCCUUAUUUCUUCAGAACGGUUCCAGCAUUGUCUGCCGCAAAUCGUACGUUUAUUGCUAUCGCAAAAACAUUUGCGUGGACUCGAGUGGCCAUACUGUACCAGAGUAGAGAACUUUUUACAUCCGCAGCAACAAGCCUCAGAGAAGAAUGCAAAAAGAAUGGAAUUGAAGUGAUCUCUUAUGGAAGCUUUUUGAUGGAUCCAAAGAAUCAAAUAAAACACCUUAAGGAUAUUGAUGCUAGGAUCAUAUUUGGUUUCUUUUCCUAUUCAACCAGAACUAUGUGCGAGAUCUACAAGCAUAAUAUGCACGGGCGAAAGUACGCUUGGGUUGUUCACACUCCUGACAAAGAUGGAUGGUGGAGGAGAACUUUCGCUAAUGUCAACUGCACACCAGAAGAAGUCAACGAGGGCGCAAAAGGGACCCUCUUAGUUAACUAUAUGUGGCUCAGCAGCUCAAAGAAUCAAACAGUGUCUGGAAUGACACCCGAGGAGUUCAAAUCGAGUUUCAUUCAAAAGGCUAGGAAAUCAGAUAUAACAGACACAAGCUACAAAGGGUUUGCAUAUGAUGCAGCCUGGCUUGUUGCCCUUGCGUUGAAUAGAACAGCGCAAAAUUUGGCUCCAACGAUUCCUCUUGACACCGUCGCAUUUGGAGACAGAAAUUUCUCAGACCUAAUGAAGAAAAAUCUGUUAUCAACGGAAUUUCAAGGCGUUACGAGCUUCUUAAAACUAAAUGACAAAGGAGACAGGUCCGGCGUGUUUGAAAUAUCACAGCUAAGAGGAGCAGAGUUUGAAGCCAUCUGCAGUCACGAUGUUGGACGAACCUCCUUGAAUUUUUAUCCUGAUAAAGACUUUCGCUGGGAAGGUAUGGCCGUUUACAACGUCGUUAUCGUUUGCAUUGUUGGAACUCCAGUUGUAACUUUUGUACACGAAGAGCAAUUCGAGGCGUCGUUUAUAGUAACAGGCAUCUGCAUUCUUUUUAGCACAACUUCUACCCUUUGCAUUGUGUUCGUACCAAAGAUUGCAGCGCUUAGGAAAAACGGAUUAAACGAGGAGUACCGUGCUCGAACGCGCACGUUCAGCUCGUUGGAUACAUUUACCGUCACCACAGCUAAACGCUCCUGUUCUGGUAAAGACACCAUUAACAAGGAUGGAGAACUUCAGCGACUUAGGGAAAUGCUAGACAUGCUUCAACGAGAAAAGAAAAGAAUAAGUCACAGCAAUGGAACCAGCAUGACCACGCAACUGUGAGAUGAAUCUUAGACUGCACUGAACACAUACUGACAAUGUCACCCAGCUAGCUCGUGACUACAUUUUCGUUGAGAAGUAUGACGAGAGACUUAGAUGAUCGUAUUGUCAUCAGGAUAAGUUUCGCGGUUUCUUUGUUCUUCAAAAACUCAUUAAUAAUUCAUAAGCCCAUUAACCUAUCAAAU